UCAUUCGGGGGGAUUAUAAGGAUUAUAAUGAAACAAUUUUGUGUUUUUUUCGUCUUACUCUUCGGAAUCAUGCAUUGUGGAAGCAUCGAUUUGGAUAAGAAUAAUGACGAACUCAUUUUUGCACACACACUCUGUAGGCAUGGGGAUCGCAAUCCGUACUAUUCAUUUCCAAAUGACAUUUGGAAGGCAGAAGAACAUUGGCUACCAGGUGGUUAUAAAGAGCUAACCAACAUUGGGAAAAGACAAAUGUAUGUUUUAGGACAAUACCUGUUUGGCAGAUACAGAAACCUUCUUCAAAAUGGUGCAUAUAGUCCAAAUACUGUCUACGUUCAGUCAACGGAUAUAGAUCGAGUGUUGAUGAGUGCUCAAACAUGCUUGACAGGCAUGUUUUACCCGAGUCCCGAACAAAUGUGGAUGGGCUCGCACUUGGACUGGCUUCCGAUACCAGUACAUACGCAAUUACAUAAAGAAGACUACACUUUAGCAACGUAUAAACGAUGUAACCGUUUCGAUUACCUAAUGAUAGAAUAUCUCAAAACGGAAGAAUAUACAGGACUAUUCAAGAAAUAUGGUUCUCUCUUUCAAUAUUUGGAGGUUAAUUCGGGAAAAAAGUUGCCAACGCUUGUCGAUAUCAAUGAUCUAUACGAUACGCUCAGCAUACAAAAGCUGAAGGGCAAGCAAUUACCAAAGUGGGCAGAAAGCGUGAUGGUGCCUGGUGGAGAUUUUGAGUAUCUUUCAAUGUUUUAUUUCCAAAUCUUCACUUCGACGACCGGAACGAAGAGAUUGAAAUCUGGAUUUUUGUUGAAGGAAAUACUAGAUCGGUUCACAAAGAAGACUCAAUCGAAAUUAUCACCCGACCGCGUCCUAUUUCUAUACUUCGCCCAUGAUAACACCAUCGCGAAUAUGUUAAACAGCCUUGGGCUUUAUAAACUUCAUCAUAUCACGUAUGCAUCGUGCCUAUUCUUUGAGUUGUACAAGACAGAUACGAGACCCUAUGUGGAAAUCUUCUAUAAAAACUCCAGCGAAACCAAUAUUCCUUUGUUGCUUGAAAUUCCUAAUUGUGGCACGAAAUGCCCAUUGGAUAAGCUAUACCAAUUGUAUGAGGAUAUACUUCCGACGCAGAGCUUUGAAAAAGAAUGUGAAUUACGCGAUGGUGAAACUAUGGGCAGAAAUCCAGAAAGUGGUGAACUGUAAUGCAUUACUCCAGAUGAUUUGUUUUUUUAUAAAUGAAAUCGGUUUAUAUGUUAUGGUGCAAAAACAUGUAUUAAUCGUGGAAACACAACUGUGAUGAUAGCAGUUGAAAACAA